UUCAUUUUGUCAUCACGUGUGUCGUACUGAUUUUUUGAUGCGCCACAUCAUAUUUAAGCGAAAUAUCUUUUGGAUGGAAAAGGGGUUUCAGCGAGUUUGACCAAAGUGUGAUGGCACAGAAAGACUACACACUUCUUGGGGAAUCCUUGCUCUCAUACAAGGGGGCAGUUUUCGCCUUGCAACACUUUGAAAAUGGCAUACCUGAGGCACUUGAGUACUUGGACAGUUUGAAGAGUUUUCACAUAAGAGACGGUGACAUCUUCAUAAUGACAUUUCCCAAAUCGGGUACAAUUUGGAUGCAGUACAUUGUCUCCAUUCUCCAUGAGAAUGACCAUCCUGACCUGUUGGAGAAGCCUACACAUUUUCGUGUGCCCUGGCUGGAGUACCUCCGACCGGCUCAUAAAAUUGACACAAGGGAGUCUCCCAGAUUGUUCUGCUCCCAUCUGCCACAGCACAUGGUUCCCCUGGAUCUACAGAGCAACAGAGCCAAAAUUAUUUAUGUUACGAGGAACCCUAAAGAUAUUCUGGUGUCAUACUUUCACUUCUCACAAGUGCUUAACACUUUGGAGACUGCCGACAACCUUGAUGAAAUGCUGGAAAACUUUCUGAGUGGUAAAAUCUUAGGGGGAAACUGGUUUGAUCAUAUAGAAGGUUGGUUUAACAACAAAGACAAAUAUGAUAUCCUGUUUGUGAGCUACGAGGAAAUGAAAAUGGAUUUGAGAUCGGUGGUCAUGAAGAUCAGCAAGUUUGUUGGAAAGAUUUUGUCUGAUGUGGACAUUGACAAGGUCAUGGACAGGGUCACUUUUAAGAACAUGAAGAAUGAUGUAAAAGCAAACUAUCACAAUUCCGUUCAAGGGAACGUGUUGGAUUCAAGCAAAGGCAGCUUUAUGCGGAAAGGGACCGUUGGGGACUGGAAGAACUUUCUGACGGUGGCGCAGAGCGAGCGCUUUGACCAGGUCUACAAGGAGAGAAUGCAGAAUCUUCCGGUCAAGGUCAUCUGGGACCAUGGAGCUGCAUGAGUGAAUGUUUCAGCAUAAAGACAUAAAUACAUUUGGCAUUCUCUCUCUCUCUCUCUCACACACACACAAAUCAUUAUGUACACUCAUA